GUCCUCUCCGUUAUUUGCCACCCGUCCCGGCCGCACGGCCGCCUGCGUGGACGAGCGUGAUGAAGUGCUGCCAGCGCGCGGGCGCCAUUGAGCUCUGCCGACAUGCCAGUCUGCCGUGAUGGCAAUCGAUGCGAUGCGCGACCGUGCUGGAGGGGUCCGCGGCAUCCGCGCCGGCAUCGCCGAGACGCGCGACCCGUACGGCGUGGCCUCGCGCGUGCGCAGCUACACGCCGGCGUACGUCUCGCUGCACGCGCAGCCGCUCGCGCGCGUGCCGAGCGCGCUGGCGAGCGAUGCGUACGGGCGCCUCUGGCUCGCCGAGAGCCUCGACGCGGGCGCCGUGCUGGCCGACUGGGCCGCCUGGCUGGCGCACGGCGAGGGCGCGCCGCCGCCGCGCCCGCGCGGGCGCGUGAGCCAGGUGACGCAUGUGCACCGCGUCGCCGGCGCCGUGCUGCACCCGUGGCAGCUGGCGCGCCUCGGCGAGCUGCGCCGCCGCGGCCUGUGGCUGCCCAAGGAGACGUUUGUGCGCCCGGCGUGGGCGGCGGGUGACGAGAGCGCCGACGCGUGGCAGCCCAGCGUCGUCACGGGCGUGGCCGUGGAUGUGCAGCGUGCGCAGGUGGUGCUCGUGAGCGCGUGGGACGAGCGCGGCGUGGCGCUGUGUCCGAUGCCGGCGGGCACCGAGCGGGCGCCCGCGGAGUGAUCGUGCUGGUGCAAUGAUACCCCGACUGUCCAAUGGUAGCGUGUGACGCCGUACGUGUGCUGGGCCUCGAGGACAAGGCGGAUGGAUUCCCAUGCGAGCGC